AUGGGGCGUGCGGUCCUGACUCCUGAAGCUAAAGCCCACAAGAGAAAAGCACGAAUUAUUGCAGAUGAAAGAAAAUUGGAGCAGCUUCAAACUAGACUCCGGACUUUGGGUGAACGGAGUACCUUUCACGGUGUCGACGUCUUACUGGAGGCCAAACCUGGUUGGCCCAGACGCCUGGUCAUACUGAUCCUUUUGGGCAUGUGUGUGGCUUGCUUCUACACUGUUUCUGACCUAGUAGCUGGAUUUAUCAAUAUGCCCAUCUCCACAGUGAUCAAUUACGGACAAGAGGGCUUCCAGUUUCCGACCGUGGUUGUGUGCCCAGAUAGCCCUUUUAGCAUAGAACGUGUUUUGGCUUACCCCGAUCUGGCAAAAGCUUACCAUGAUGUCACGAAUUAUUGGAUUACCCGAGCUGAUGAGCACUCUACACCAAAUCCCAUGAUUUGGACACCGGCAGACGGAUAUUGGCGUCAACGAGCUAAACGUUCUUUCCGAGGUUUCUACAUGGCCAACCGUUCACGACUGAUGUGGCACUGGAGUGAUUUUUUGGUCAGUUGCGAAUACGAUGGAAAACCCUGCGGUGUGGGACAACAGCUCAUUCCGAUGCCAACCGCAGUCAUGUCCCCGGAGUCGGAGGUUCACGUUGUCCCCGAGGGUGCAGCAAAAUUGAAUUGGGAGGCUCAAGGUUUGGUGAGACCUGUUUCAUACUCAACGGAACAGCUUCCAUCCAGUUGGCCUGACGGUCCACCGAAUCCUGAGUCCAUGAACGCGGAACCACCGGAAUGGCCUCAAGGCAAAGUGAUUAUGGUCGACCACCCGUCCAAAUAUUUGUGUUUUCAGCUCAAAAUGAAUUCGACCAUGGUGAAGGAACCUGGUUCUACUCGGGGUUUGCAUCUUCUACUACGUCGUCCAUAUAAUCCCAAUCGAACUCAACCGGCCUUGUUAUCGGUUGAAAGUCGGGCACAAAUUCUACAGCCUUGGGAUGAUCGAUUAUUCCUGUCCAGAGAAACAUCUCCUCAGGCAAAAUUGGAUGCAAAAAAGGCGGUCAAAAUGGACGGUUUUCAUGUGAUCGUUCACGAAGAUACAAAUUUGCCACGUACCGGAUCUCUAUCUGCUGAUGAUGUGUACAAAGCGAGCAGUUCCCGUUCGGUUAUUUCAGUGGGUGUUCGGUUCGGUCAACAAGUGUCCGUUGAAAUCAGUCAGUUCGUUCACCAGCGUCUAUCAACAGUUUAUCGUCAAUGCAAAAAGCAAAUAAAGACGCAUAAAUUUUUGGAAGUAUCCAGUUUUAUCUCCUCCGGUGGUUUUGCACGUCGGUAUGUCCACUUGGCCUACACACAGAACAACUGUGUCACACAGAUGCGUCAGUUAAUUAUGCUCCGGCUCUGUCAUUGUUUAUCCGAGGACUACAUGGUUCCGUUGCAAAUGGCCAGUGAAUUAGUUCGUUACGGAUUUUGUCACUCGGGCAAUUCGAUGAUUUCAAGCGAUUCCCCGGAAUUUAUGGAAAGAAUCAAAUGCCACGACAAAGUAUCCGCCUUAACCAGAGAACAAGUACUGGACAGAAUGAUACCAAAAAGUUGGGGAAAACCUAUUCUAAUUAAACUGACACCAGAAGUCGAACGUCUGUGGAUUUGCCCCAAAUUUUGUCGUGAAACAAUCAGUCAGGCCGAAAUCAUCCAACGUCAUGCGAUACCCACGGAUUUGCCAGCAAACGUGUCCGGUUUGGAUCAAGCAAUUCAUCGAUCGGAUUUGGCCGCCAUUACCAUAUAUGCCAACGGUGCUCGUGUACCGGUAAUCAGCGAAGGAGAACAAAUGAACAUUUUCAAUCUAUUAGCAUCUAUUGGAGGUACAUUCGGCUUAUUUUUAGGUCUAUCUGGAGUCACUGUGUUUGAAGUGAUUGAGGCACUUUUCCUGGUGUUGCGUGCUUCGCCAGCAUUGUGUCGAAUAUGUGUCCGAUCGAUACACGGAACCAAUAGCGAAUCAAAAGUCUAUAAGCUAACGACGAACCAAGCCAAAGUGAUAUCACAGAAAGAAUAA